AUGUAGUAAAUAGCAUCUAUCACAUUUUAAGGAAUUCAAAUUGAAAAGUAUGAGCCAUAUCUAGAUGAAGAUGAAUUUAAAUUUUUUUAAGCAAAAAUUAUUGAAACAGGUGAAUUAAUAACAAUAAAAGAAUAAUCUAAAAUUACAACUACAGAAGAGAAUUUAUUAAGACUCCAAUAAAGAGUUAAAUAAUAACAUAUAAUUGAAAUUAAAAUGUAUGAAAAACAAGAACAAAAGGCUUUUUUGAUUAUUGAAAAAACAAAAAAAUUAUUGAGUUAUUACAUUCGUGAGAAUGAAUACAAAAUAAAAUAAGAAAUUGAAAAAUGUCAUUUAUUUCUAUAAGUAUGGUUUUAUAUUAAAAAUAGUUGGUUAAAGCUAUUUAAGAAUUUCAUAGAUUUGGUACAUUUCAUAGAAAUUUGAAACCUAUACACUUUGUUUUUUGUGAAAAUUUAAAUAAUGAAUAAGUACUCAAGCUUUUUGAUUUUGGACUGGCAUAAUUAUAAACAGAUAAAGAAUUAGAUAAAUCACUUGAAUUAGGAUCAAUUGAAUACUUAGCUCCUGAAAUUAUGAAUGAUGAAUAUUAUGAUAAAUAAGUGGAUGUUUGGUCUUUAGGAGUAAUUUGGUAUGAGAUGUUAACUGGAGAAAUCAUAAUUUAAAAUAAUAAUAAUGAAUUAAAUUAAGAAAGUAUUGAUUUAUAGAUUGAUCAAAAUAAAAAUUAAAUUAAUCCAAAAAUCAAAAAAAUGUUAAAAUAAAUGUUGGUUAUCUAAAGUUCAAAAAGGAUAACUCUUGAUAUUUUAUUUAGCAAUUUAGAAAAAUUCUGUUUUUAUUAAGCAGAUGUGAAUAACAUGAAUCCCUUACAAAAAUAAGUUGAUUAAAUCAAUUAAUUGAAUAAUUUUAAAAACGAAAUUUAAUAGUAACUUGAUUUAUAAUUCAAAGAUGAAUAAUUAGAAGUUUUCAAUUAAAAAUAAAUAUCAAUCAAAAAAGCAAAUAUUGAUAUCAUAUAAGAUGAAAUCAAUUAAACGAAUCAAUUAUUACUUAUCAAUAAUAAUUAAUAUGAACUUUAUAUGUAAUAGAGAUAUGCUAUUCUAGAAUAAGGAAAUUUUAAUAACUAAUAUAAAUUGCAAUUAUUAGACAAUUUGUUUUCUUAAUUCUAAUAAUAAUUGUAGGUUUCAAUAACCAGCAAGAUUUUAAAUUAAGAGGAUAAAAUAAACAAACGUAUAAAAGAGAAAGAAAAUUAAAUAAAAGGUGAAAUUUCUUUGCAAAUCAAAUAACAACUUUUAUUGGAUUAUAAUUUAUAAAUGUCAGUUAAAGAAAAUGAAAUAUUUGGAUUCUAAGCAUAUUUCAGUGGUCCAUUAGCUUUAUCACAGCAAAUUCUUUAAGAAACAGAAAAUUAAAUAGAAAUUCUUGAUAAAUAGUUAGAUAAUUCAUUAAUAAAUGUUCAAAAACCAUAAAAGUAUCUAGAAAUUAAACAAAUUUUAAUAAGAAUUAAAUAAGAGUUAAAUUUAUAAAUAAACUAACCCAAAGAAAUAGCAGAAAAAAUUAGAGAAUUUUAGAAGUAGUUAAUUAAAAUUACUAUGGAAGUGGAUUCAAUUGAAAAAGAAAUAGAAUUGGAAUAGUUGAGUAAUUAAUUGAAAAGAGAAAAAAAUACUUUUUUUCACAAGUCAAACAAUUUAUUUAAUUAAUAUAAUACAUUAUUAAAUGAUGAAAUUGUUAUAUUACAAGAUUUAAAAAAUAAAAAUUUACAAUAAUAAAUCCAAAACCAAUAAAAUAAUUAUUAUAAUGAAAAAAUCUAAAAAUUAAUGAAUUAGAAAUAGACUUUAAACUAAGAACUAGAAUAACUAUCUGAAUUGAUUGAAGAUAGUUAAAUUGAAAAUAUGCUUUUGUUCAUUCAAAAAAUUCAAUUUUUUAAUGAUAAAAUUAUAUAAAUGACCAAUCAUGAAAAACAAACAUUUCAAUAAUUUUAGACAAAAUAUAAAAUUUUCUAAACAUUAGAUCAAAAUAAUUUGGAGAAGGAAUUGUAAAAUCUUCUUAAUUAAUCAAAUUAUUUAAUGGGAUUUAUGGAAACAUAUUUAUAGGCAUCUAAGCUUGAUUGUANUAUGAACUUUAUAUGUAAUAGAGAUAUGCUAUUCUAGAAUAAGGAAAUUUUAAUAACUAAUAUAAAUUGCAAUUAUUAGACAAUUUGUUUUCUUAAUUCUAAUAAUAAUUGUAGGUUUCAAUAACCAGCAAGAUUUUAAAUUAAGAGGAUAAAAUAAACAAACGUAUAAAAGAGAAAGAAAAUUAAAUAAAAGGUGAAAUUUCUUUGCAAAUCAAAUAACAACUUUUAUUGGAUUAUAAUUUAUAAAUGUCAGUUAAAGAAAAUGAAAUAUUUGGAUUCUAAGCAUAUUUCAGUGGUCCAUUAGCUUUAUCACAGCAAAUUCUUUAAGAAACAGAAAAUUAAAUAGAAAUUCUUGAUAAAUAGUUAGAUAAUUCAUUAAUAAAUGUUCAAAAACCAUAAAAGUAUCUAGAAAUUAAACAAAUUUUAAUAAGAAUUAAAUAAGAGUUAAAUUUAUAAAUAAACUAACCCAAAGAAAUAGCAGAAAAAAUUAGAGAAUUUUAGAAGUAGUUAAUUAAAAUUACUAUGGAAGUGGAUUCAAUUGAAAAAGAAAUAGAAUUGGAAUAGUUGAGUAAUUAAUUGAAAAGAGAAAAAAAUACUUUUUUUCACAAGUCAAACAAUUUAUUUAAUUAAUAUAAUACAUUAUUAAAUGAUGAAAUUGUUAUAUUACAAGAUUUAAAAAAUAAAAAUUUACAAUAAUAAAUCCAAAACCAAUAAAAUAAUUAUUAUAAUGAAAAAAUCUAAAAAUUAAUGAAUUAGAAAUAGACUUUAAACUAAGAACUAGAAUAACUAUCUGAAUUGAUUGAAGAUAGUUAAAUUGAAAAUAUGCUUUUGUUCAUUCAAAAAAUUCAAUUUUUUAAUGAUAAAAUUAUAUAAAUGACCAAUCAUGAAAAACAAACAUUUCAAUAAUUUUAGACAAAAUAUAAAAUUUUCUAAACAUUAGAUCAAAAUAAUUUGGAGAAGGAAUUGUAAAAUCUUCUUAAUUAAUCAAAUUAUUUAAUGGGAUUUAUGGAAACAUAUUUAUAGGCAUCUAAGCUUGAUUGUACAGAUAUAAAAAUCAUCUCUAAUUUAGAAUAGUCUAAGAAUGAUUUGUUACAAACACUUGAAAGAUAAAUGGAACAUUUAUUGGAUUGUUAAUAGAAAUUACAAGUAAAUAAUCAAAUAAUUGAGUCAAAUCGUAUGAAAUUUGAUCAAAAAGGACUAUUGAAUUAAAGUUAUGAAAUUUUUUCUUCAGAAACACAUGAAAAUAUUACAUAUAAACUUAAAGAAACUAUAAACAUCAUAAAUUAAGUAAAGGUUAGGCUUAAAUUCUUUUAGGAUCAAGAUUUUUAUAAAGAAAUUAUAGAUUCAUGGAAUGGAAUUAAAAAUUAAAAAGAAUCAUUGUAAAAUAAAUUACAAGAAGUAACAGAAAUGAUGUUAAGAAACAUGUAUAACAAUGAUGAGUUAUAAAAAUAAAUUAAUAAAAUAAAGGUUAUGAUAAUUUAAACUAACAUAACACUUAAACUUUUACCAUCUUUUUUAUAAAUUUAAAGGUUUAAUUAAGAAUAUCAAUAAAAUUAAAAUAGCUAUUUAGAUCUGUUAACUUUAGUUGUUUAUAUAAAAUUAUAUCAUAAUUCAAGAUACUUAAAGAGAUAUUUAUCUUUAAAGAUUAAAGCUGUUGAUAGAUUAAUUUAAUAAUAGACAGAUGUUAAAAAUGAAACUAUAUUAUUGAAAUAAGAUGAAUUAUAAAAAUAAAUUGAAGAAAGUAAAUAAAAAGAAUAAGAAAUAAAAAGAUUAAUGGAAGAAUAUUUAAGAUGUUUAUAAUAAAAAAAAUAAGCAAUUUAAAUUGCUAUAGUGAGUGAACAUGAUAUUGAGAUAACUAAGCAAAAUGAAAAUUUAGAACAUUAGAUUAAAUAAAUAGUUAAAGUAAAAUUGGCAGCUAAUUUUAAUGAUAAAUAAAUAAUAAAUAGCAUGAUAGAAUAUUAAAAAAUGUUUGAAUUUUCAACAUUUCUUUGCUAUAAAUUGGCAUUGAUUUGA